AUGACUCAAGGAGACAUCUUCUUUGAUGCUGCCAUGGGCCCGGACAAGGACCGGCUCGAGUCAGGCUUGCGGGCACGAGAUUCUCCGGAGGGAAGUCUUUCGACGUCAGUCCCCCUGGGUCGCAGAACACUGAGCCGCGCUGCACAGCGCCACAGCGCCUUGCAAUUCUUCGAGGAGCUUAGCCGCUUAGUAGAGAAUUACGCAUAUGGGAGCCACAUCAUGACUCUGCUACGAUCUUCAGAGUUCUUCAAUCAUUAUAUCGACGCUACGACGUUGGGGACUGAAGAGCGUGAUCUUCUGCACGCAACGAUCCGGCGACUUGCAGCCGUCGAGUUUGGCAUAGCGAAGAGGCACAGAAAAGAUUUGCAUAAUGCUCACUUACCUCAGUUGGGUGCAACUGAGUGGCUGCUGAAUCAUGGUAUGCGGGCUAUGACUAACUUACCUCGAUAUGGUGCAACUGAGUGGCUGCUGAAUCACUUAUACUCACGUGGUGUGCUAGAGUCGUCAUACUGGGUGGCGGCUCUUACGAAGUCAAUCGCAGCGUUGAGUGAAUUCAAGUUUGGGCCGUACUGUGACGCGUUCGAAGCCACUGCAGCAAUGCCAUACUUGCAACAGCUGGCAGGAACGCCUUUGGAGAAAUUGAAUUACAUUCGCCUCUACAAGGUCGGGUUGCAGCUUGAUUCUCUCAUUCGAAUGUGGCGCAACUUCCACGCAACGAAUGCAGGCACCAUCGUCAACCACAAUCUGCCGAUCUUUCCCAAAGACUCUUGGGAAAAGGAUCGUGCUAUAGACUCAAAAUCCAUUCAAACUUUUGGCGCAGCUCUCUUGUCUCCGUUGACGACAUGGAACUCAAAACUGGAUGAUAAGGCUAAGAAUGAGCUAGCAUCUGCCGCCUAUUGA